AUGAUCACCUUGAGCAGACAGUCCUGCUGUUCUUCGAAGCAGAAGUGCUACCAACAGCAUGUUAUUUCACAGCUUGUCUCUGAUGACGGAAGUGAUGAGGAUAAGUAUAUGAAUAUAGAGACCCUUCCACGCAUUACGGCUUCGGAGGCUUUGAAUUUGGUGAAAAGGGUUCGCUUGUAUGAGGAACAGCAGGAUCAGGGAGAUCAGAGUCUAAUUCAACAGCUUAAUUACUAUGAGAGAAGGUUAGGAGCACGGAAGCUUGAAAAUCAGCAGCACCUCCAUAUAGCGGAUUCCUUUAUAUAG